AACAACUCCAGCCGAAUAUGUUCACUACAAGCCCACCACCACUGCAGCAUCGCAGAGCGAUACCCCCAUGAUGGGGGACUACGAUUGGAAAGACAAUGUCACCGCUACGUUUCCAACGAAGACAACGAAGACGAACGAGAAAGAGAUGCUUCACGGCCUGAACGACCGUUUCGCGAGUUUCAUCGAGAAGGUGCGUCACUUGGAGCACCAGAACGAGCUGCUGGAACGAGAGAUCGAGGACAUCCGACAGAAAGAGCAGACCCCGGCGUCUCUGCAGCAGACCUUCGGACCCGAGCUGGAGGACCUGCGAAAGCUGCUGCGUGACAUCACACACCAGAAACACCAGAUCGAGGUAGAGCACCAGACCCUGGAGCAGGACCUGAUCGACCUGAGGGACAAAUACGACACCGAGGUAAGCGUCAGAGCUGACGCCGAGACCAACAUCGUCCUCUUGAAAAGGGACAUCGACGACGCGUAUCGGGCCAAACUUGAGCUCGACAAGAAGUCCCAGGCCAUCUCUGAGGAAAUCGACGCUUUGAAGAGGAACCACGACUCUGAGGUGUCACAGCUGAUCGCACAACUCAACGAUGCGCAAGAAGGAGCCUCUGUUAGAGCGAACGAGUUUGGGUGUCCCGAACUCACUGCCGCACUCCGGGAUAUCCGGGCACAGCUGGAAGACCACGCCGUGUCCGACCUCCACAAGGCGGAGGAAAGUUAUCACAUCCAGGUUUCAAAGUUAACCGAGGCGACUGAAAUGAAGCGCGAGGCGCUGAAGGCGUCCAAGCUGGAGAUCCAGGAAUACAGGAAGAGACUGCAGAGCAAGAGUGUCGAGCUGGACUGCGUUAAAGGAACAAGAGAAGCUCUGGAAAGGCAACUUCGCGAGAUCGAGGAAUGCCAUAACGAGGAAAUCAUUCAUUAUCAGGACACUAUCAAAGAGCUAGAAAACGAGCUCAUCAAUAUCAAAUUUGACAUGUCGAGUCACCUGAGAGAAUACCACGACCUACUGAAUGUGAAAAUGGCUCUGGAUGUGGAAAUACUCUCUUACAGAAAACUCCUGGAAGGCGAGGAGAGUCGUCUUUUGGCCGUUUCGGACUCCCAGCAGCAACUCCCCGCCCCCUACAUCUACAGACAGUCCCCCAUCUACACCCUACCCUGUCUGGGGGAGCAGAGGAGGACCCAGAAGCCCCAGUACAAGUUUGUGGAGGAGAUCGUCACCGAAACCACCAGGGAAAUAGAGAUGUCCGAGUUUGAAGAGACUUGCUCGGAAGAAGAGGAGGAAGAGAUGGUUCGAGAUCAAAACGAGGAAAAAGAUGUCAAACGUGAGAGUGGGAGGAAGAGAAAGGAUGAAGAAGAAGAGGAGGGUGAGGGUGUGGAAGAUAGUCCAAAGGAGGAAGGUGUGCCGGAGUGUCACGAUGAGCAGCAUCAUGGGGUAGAGCAGAGUGAAGAGGAGGAUGAGGAAGGUGUGGUGAGCUGUGAUGAAGAAACACGCAUUCAAACACACAUGCAAUUGCCAUGUAGUGAACAUAGUGAACAGUCCAGCAGAGCAGAGGAAACCAGCCAACAAGAGAGCAGAGAUAUAGAUGGAGUUAUGGAUGGAAGUGAGUCAGCAGACAAUGUAGAAAAAGAGGCAGAAGAGAGCCAAGAGAACGUUGCUUCUUUAAAACCAGAAUCUGAUACAAAGUCAGAGCUCCUUAUGGAGACAGACCUGUUAAAAGACACCUUAGAAAGUACAGCAUUAUCGAGGGAUGAUAUCCAACAGAUAUCUGAUAUUGUUGUCACAGUGAAAGUAGAACCAGUAAAGAAAGCAGUUUCCCUAAAACCAGAAUCUGAUACCAGGUCAGAGGUAACAAUAGUGGAUCAACUGUUAAAAGCCACAGAAACCCUAGAAAAGACAGUAGAAGCAAAGCAAGAAGAAGAUUUAAUCGGACAUCAAGAGGUUUUGGAUAUUGUUGAGGCAGGGAAGUUAGAACUAGUAGAGAAAGGUGCUUCCUUAAAACCAGAAUAUGAUACUAGGUCAGAAGUCACUAUGCAGGAUGAAGUGUUACAAACCACAGAAACCUUUGAACAUAUAGUAUCAGCCAAGGAGGACAAUGAUUCAAUGAGAGAGCCGGUGGUAUCUGCUAUUGUUGAUGAAGUGAAGAUUAAGAAGGAUGCCCCUUCAGUCCCCGAUACCAGCUCAGAGGAGACCAAGCAGGAUGAAUUAUUAAAACCCCUAGAACAUACAGACGAGCAGGAAGUCAAAGAUUCGGUAACAGAUCAACAGUUAUCUGAAAGUAUUGAAACAUUGAAAGUAGAAAAUACAGAGAAAGUGGUUUCCUUUAAACCAGAAUCUGACACCAGCUCAGAAGUCACUGUGGCGGAUCAACUAUUAAAAACUACAGAAACCCUAGAGAAUACAUUUCAAGCAAAGAAAGAUAAAGAUUUAGUCAGAGAUCAAGAGCUUACUGAUAUUGUUCCCACAUUGGAGGUAGAGCCAGUAAGGAAAGUGACUUCACUAAAACCAGAAUCAGAGACCUUGACAGAGGUCACCAUGGAGGGUGAACAGUCACAAAUGACAGAAGCCCCAACAAAAAAUACAGUAGUAACAAAGGAAGAGAAAGAUUCACUGAGAGAUGAAGAUGUAUCUGAUAUUGUUGAGGCAGUAAAGGUAGAACCAAUUGAGAGUGUUGCUUUAAUAAAACCACAAUCUGAUAUGAAGUUUGAGGAGGAACAACAGCUAAAACCCACAGAACCCUUAGAAGAUACAGUAGGAGUGAACGAUUCACAGAGUGACCUUGGGUUAUCUGAUAUCCUUGAUCAAGUAAAGGUAGAAAUAGUACAGAAAGUUGCUGAUGUCGAAUCCGAUCCUAUUACAGAGCACACUAUGGAGGUAGAACUAUUGCAACCCAAAGUAACCCUAGAGCAUAUGGCGGAAGACAAGGACGAUUCUGAAAGAGAGAUGUUAAUGAUGGACGUUUUCGAGGCAGUGAAGGAAAAACCAGCAGAGAAGGUUCCUUCAAUAAGACCAGAAUUGGAAACCAGGUCAGUUGUGACCAUGGAUGAGGGAGAUCACAAACCAUCUGGACAUGUAGAUGGGUCUCUCUCUUUGUCAGAUUAUGCCAUCGACGAACACACUUAUUUGACUACAGACAUUAAGUUGGGUCUUUCCUCUGAGAUAGCAGUAGACCCAGAGAACCUGUCAAAUAUCAUAGGCCAUGUCCAUCCAAGCCCAUCUAAGAGCAAAUUAGUGGAAGCUAGCGGCACAGAACCAGCAGCAAUAGCAAUCAGUGAAACAGACACAGUAAAGCCUAUAAUUCAGAGUGAAGGGACAGAGAGAACUCUUGGUACAGAUCCUCAAAAUGUAGAAAUUGAUAUAAAGUCUGAAGAUAAUCAAGAAGAAACUAAACUUCUAAAAUUAAAAGUUCCAUUGGAGAAGACUCUUGUAGCUGCAGAUGGCAAAGAAUCACAGCAGGAGAUACCGAGCAACAUUGUGCAAAAAACAGAAACACCACAAGAGCCUGAAGUCCCACUCAAGUCUAGUGGAGAACUGUCUGAAAUGCAUCCCAGUGGUAUUUAUGAGGUAAGGGUGGAGGACACUGAAGAGCUCAAAGAAUUACAGUUGGAUGAGGCAAGCAGCACAAUCCAUGAAAUGGAAACAGAAAUAUCUAAAGAGCCAGAUCUCCCUCUCAAGUCUAGUGGAGAUCCUUCUGAAAGCCAAACCAGUGGAUCGUCUGAGGUGAAGGUGGACCAACCUGAAGGUGUCAAAGAAUCACAGCAGGAGGAGGUAACAAAUAGCACAGUCCAGAAAACAGAAACUUCUCAAGAAACUAUCAAGCCUAGUGGGGAACCUUCUGAAUACCAACCCAUUGGUAUCUCUGAGGCAAAGGUGGAGAAAACUGCAGAUUUCAAAGCAUUACCACAGGAGAUAUCAAGCAGCGCAGCCCGGAAAACAGAAACAGAAACAUCUCAUGCGUCUGAAGUCCCCGUCAAGUCUGUUGAAGAGCAGUUUGAAAUUCAACCCAGUGAGACAUCUGAUGUAGAGGAAGAGAAAACUGUAUACCUCAAAGAAUCAGAGCAUGAGAAAACCAUCAGCCCAGUGCGGAAAACUGAACCUUCUCAAGAACCUCCCAAGUUCAGAGGAGAACCCUCUCAAAGCCAACCCAUUGGAUUUUCUGAUGUGAAGGUGGAGAAAACUGCUGAUCUCAAGCAAUUAAAACAGGAGAUAAGAAGCCCAGUUCAGGAAACUGAAACUUUGCAAGAGCCUGAGGUCCCCUUAAAGUCUACAGGAGAACCUUCUGAAAGCCAAACCAGUGGGGCAUCUGAGGCAGAGAAGACUGUAGAUCAAAAGGAAUUAGAGCAGGAGAAAACCAACAACCUGCUCAAGAAAACAGAAACUUCUCAAAAACCUCUCAAGAUUAGUGCAGAAGCUUCUGAAAGUCAACCCAUAGUAUCACCUGUGGCAAAGGUGGAGAAGAUUGAAGAUGUCGCAGCAUCAAAACAGGAGAUACCAAGCAGCACAGUCCAUGAAACGGAAACAGAAAUAUCUGAAGUACCUGACGUCCCCCUGCAGUCUGGUGGAGAUCCUUCUGAAAACUUAAUCUAUGAUAUUUCGGAGGUGGAGAAAACUGCUGAUCACAAAGAAUUACAACAGGAGAUAACAAGCCACCCUGUACAAAAAACAGAAACACCACAAGAGCCUAAAGACAGCCUCAAGCCUAGUGGAAAAUCUUCUGAAAGCCAAACCAGUGGAUCGUCUGAGGUAAAGGUGGACCAACCUGAAGGUGUCAAAGAAUCACAACAGGAGCAAGUAACAAGUAGCACAGUCCAGAAAACAGAAACAUCUCAAGAAACUCUCAAGCCUAGUGGGGAACCUUCUGAAUACCAACCCAUUGGUAUCUCUGAGGCAAAGGUGGAGAAAACUGCAGAUUUCAAAGCAUUACCACAGGAGAUAUCAAGCAGCCCAGCCCGGAAAACAGAAACAUGUCAUGCGUCUGAAGUCCCUGUCAAGUCUGUUGAAGAGCAGUUUGAAAUUCAACCCAGUGAGACAUUUAAUGUAGAGGAAGAGAAAACUGUAUACCUCAAAGAAUCAGAGCAUGAGAAAACCAUCAGCCCAGUGCAGAAAACUGAACCUUCUCAAGAACCUCCCAAGUUCAGAGGAGAACCCUCUCAAAGCCAACCCAUUGGAUUUUCUGAUGUGAAGGUGGAGAAAACUGCUGAUCUCAAGCAAUUAAAACAGGAGAUAAGAAGCCCAGUUCAGGAAACUGAAACUUUUCAAGAGCCUGAGGUCCCCUUAAAGUCUACAGGAGAACCUUCUGAAAGCCAAACCAGUGGGGCAUCUGAGGCAGAGAAGACUGUAGAUCAAAAGGAAUUAGAGCAGGAGAAAACCAACAACCUGCUCAAGAAGACAGAAGCUUCUCAAAAACCUCUCAAGAUUAGUGCAGAAGCUUCUGAAAGUCAACCCAUAGUAUCACCUGUGGCAAAGGUGGAGAAGACUGAAGAUGUCGAAGCAUUAAAACAGGAGAUACCAAGCAGCACAGUCCAUGAAACGGAAACAGAAAUAUCUGAAGUACCUGACGUCCCCCUGCAGUCUGGUGGAGAUCCUUCUGAAAACUUAAUCCAUGAUAUUUCGGAUGUGGAGAAAACUGCUGAUCACAAAGAAUUACAACAGGAGAUAACAAGCCACCCUGUACAAAAAACAGAAACACCACAAGAGCCUAAAGACAGCCUCAAGCCUAGUGGAAAAUCUUCUGAAAGCCAAACCAGUGGAUCGUCUGAGGUAAAGGAGGACCAACCUGAAGGUGUCAAAGAAUCACAACAGGAGCAAGUAACAAGUAGCACAGUCCAGAAAACAGAAACAUCUCAAGAAACUCUCAAGCCUAGUGGGGAACCUUCUGAAUACCAACCCAUUGGUAUCUCUGAGGCAAAGGUGGAGAAAACUGCAGAUUUCAAAGCAUUACCACAGGAGAUAUCAAGCAGCGCAGCCCGGAAAACAGAAACAGAAACAUCUCAUGCGUCUGAAGUCCCCGUCAAGUCUGUUGAAGAGCAGUUUGAAAUUCAACCCAGUGAGACAUCUGAUGUAGAGGAAGAGAAAACUGUAUACCUCAAAGAAUCAGAGCAUGAGAAAACCAUCAGCCCAGUGCAGAAAACUGAACCUUCUCAAGAACCUCCCAAGUUCAGAGGAGAACCCUCUCAAAGCCAACCCAUUGGAUUUUCUGAUGUGAAGGUGGAGAAAACUGCUGAUCUCAAGCAAUUAAAACAGGAGAUAAGAAGCCCAGUUCAGGAAACUGAAACUUUGCAAGAGCCUGAGGUCCCCUUAAAGUCUACAGGAGAACCUUCUGAAAGCCAAACCAGUGGGGCAUCUGAGGCAGAGAAGACUGUAGAUCAAAAGGAAUUAGAGCAGGAGAAAACCAACAACCUGCUCAAGAAAACAGAAACUUCUCAAAAACCUCUCAAGAUUAGUGCAGAAGCUUCUGAAAGUCAACCCAUAGUAUCACCUGUGGCAAAGGUGGAGAAGAUUGAAGAUGUCGCAGCAUCAAAACAGGAGAUACCAAGCAGCACAGUCCAUGAAACGGAAACAGAAAUAUCUGAAGUACCUGACGUCCCCCUGCAGUCUGGUGGAGAUCCUUCUGAAAACUUAAUCCAUGAUAUUUCGGAGGUGGAGAAAACUGCUGAUCACAAAGAAUUACAACAGGAGAUAACAAGCCACCCUGUACAAAAAACAGAAACACCACAAGAGCCUAAAGACAGCCUCAAGCCUAGUGAAAUAUCUUCUGAAAGCCAAACCAGUGGAUCGUCUGAGGUAAAGGUGGACCAACCUGAAGGUGUCAAAGAAUCACAACAGGAGCAAGUAACAAGUAGCACAGUCCAGAAAACAGAAACAUCUCAAGAAACUCUCAAGCCUAGUGGGGAACCUUCUGAAUACCAACCCAUUGGUAUCUCUGAGGCAAAGGUGGAGAAAACUGCAGAUUUCAAAGCAUUACCACAGGAGAUAUCAAGCAGCCCAGCCCGGAAAACAGAAACAGAAACAUGUCAUGCGUCUGAAGUCCCUGUCAAGUCUGUUGAAGAGCAGUUUGAAAUUCAACCCAGUGAGACAUUUAAUGUAGAGGAAGAGAAAACUGUAUACCUCAAAGAAUCAGAGCAUGAGAAAACCAUCAGCCCAGUGCAGAAAACUGAACCUUCUCAAGAACCUCCCAAGUUCAGAGGAGAACCCUCUCAAAGCCAACCCAUUGGAUUUUCUGAUGUGAAGGUGGAGAAAACUGCUGAUCUCAAGCAAUUAAAACAGGAGAUAAGAAGCCCAGUUCAGGAAACUGAAACUUUUCAAGAGCCUGAGGUCCCCUUAAAGUCUACAGGAGAACCUUCUGAAAGCCAAACCAGUGGGGCAUCUGAGGCAGAGAAGACUGUAGAUCAAAAGGAAUUAGAGCAGGAGAAAACCAAAAACCUGCUCAAGAAAACAGAAACUUCUCAAAAACCUCUCAAGAUUAGUGCAGAGCCUUCUGAAAGUCAACCCAUAGUAUCACCUGUGGCAAAGGUGGAGAAGACUGAAGAUGUCGAAGCAUUAAAACAGGAGAUACCAAGCAGCACAGUCCAUGAAACGGAAACAGAAAUAUCUGAAGUACCUGAAGUCCCCCUGAAGUCUGGUGGAGAUCCUUCUGAAAGCCUAAUCCAUGAUAUUUCUGAGGUGGAGAAAACUGCUGAUCACAAAGAAUUGCAACAGGAGAUAACAAGCCAACCUGUACAAAAAACAGAAACACCACAAGAGCCUAAAGACAGCCUCAAGCCUAGUGGAAAAUCUUCUGAAAGCCAAACCAGUGGAUCGUCUGAGGUAAAGGUGGACCAACCUGAAGGUGUCAAAGAAUCACAGCAGGAGCAGGUAACAAGUAGCACAGUCCAGAAAACAGAAACAUCUCAAGAAACUCUCAAGCCUAGUGGGGAACCUUCUGAAUACCAACCCAUUGGUAUCUCUGAGGCAAAGGUGGAGAAAACUGCAGAUUUCAAAGCAUUACCACAGGAGAUAUCAAGCAGCCCAGCCCGGAAAACAGAAACAAAAACAUCUCAUGCGUCUGAAGUUCCUGUCAAGUCUGUUGAAGAGCAGUUUGAAAUUCAACCCAGUGAGACAUCUGAUGUAGAGGAAGAGAAAACUGUAUACCUCAAAGAAUCAGAGCAUGAGAAAACCAUCAGCCCAGUGCAGAAAACUGAACCUUCUCAAGAACCUCCCAAGUUCAGAGGAGAACCCUCUCAAAGCCAACCCAUUGGAUUUUCUGAUGUGAAGGUGGAGAAAACUGCUGAUCUCAAGCAAUUAAAACAGGAGAUAAGAAGCCCAGUUCAGGAAACUGAAACUUUGCAAGAGCCUGAGGUCCCCUUAAAGUCUACAGGAGAACCUUCUGAAAGCCAAACCAGUGGGGCAUCUGAGGCAGAGAAGACUGUAGAUCAAAAGGAAUUAGAGCAGGAGAAAACCAACAACCUGCUCAAGAAAACAGAAACUUCUCAAAAACCUCUCAAGAUUAGUGCAGAGCCUUCUGAAAGUCAACCCAUAGUAUCACGUGUGGCAAAGGUGGAGAAGACUGAAGAUGUCGAAGCAUUAAAACAGGAGAUACCAAGCAGCACAGUCCAUGAAACGGAAACAGAAAUAUCUGAAGUACCUGAAGUCCCCCUGAAGUCUGGUGGAGAUCCUUCUGAAAGCCUAAUCCAUGAUAUUUCUGAGGUGGAGAAAACUGCUGAUCACAAAGAAUUGCAACAGGAGAUAACAAGCCAACCUGUACAAAAAACAGAAACACCACAAGAGCCUAAAGACAGCCUCAAGCCUAGUGGAAAAUCUUCUGAAAGCCAAACCAGUGGAUCGUCUGAGGUAAAGGUGGACCAACCUGAAGGUGUCAAAGAAUCACAGCAGGAGCAGGUAACAAGUAGCACAGUCCAGAAAACAGAAACAUCUCAAGAAACUCUCAAGCCUAGUGGGGAACCUUCUGAAUACCAACCCAUUGGUAUCUCUGAGGCAAAGGUGGAGAAAACUGCAGAUUUCAAAGCAUUACCACAGGAGAUAUCAAGCAGCCCAGCCCGGAAAACAGAAACAAAAACAUCUCAUGCGUCUGAAGUUCCUGUCAAGUCUGUUGAAGAGCAGUUUGAAAUUCAACCCAGUGAGACAUCUGAUGUAGAGGAAGAGAAAACUGUAUACCUCAAAGAAUCAGAGCAUGAGAAAACCAUCAGCCCAGUGCAGAAAACUGAACCUUCUCAAGAACCUCCCAAGUUCAGAGGAGAACCCUCUCAAAGCCAACCCAUUGGAUUUUCUGAUGUGAAGGUGGAGAAAAAUGCUGACCUCAAGCAAUUAAAACAGGAGAUAAGAAGCCCAGUUCAGAAAACUGAAACAUUGCAAGAGCCUGAGGUCCCCUUAAAGCCUACUGGAGAACCUUCUGAAAGCCAAACCAGUGGGGCAUCUGAGGCAGAGAAGACUGUAGAUCAAAAGGAAUUAGAGCAGGAGAAAACCAACAACCUGCUCAAGAAAACAGAAACUUCUCAAAAACCUCUCAAGAUUAGUGCAGAACCUUCUGAAAGUCAACCCAUAGUAUCACCUGUGGCAAAGGUGGAGAAGACUGAAGAUGUCGAAGCAUUAAAACAGGAGAUACCAAGCAGCACAGUCCAUGAAACGGAAACAGAAAUAUCUGAAGUACCUGACGUCCCCCUGCAGUCUGGUGGAGAUCUUUCUGAAAGCCUAAUCCAUGAUAUUUCUGAGGUGGAGAAAACUGCUGAUCACAAAGAAUUACAACAGGAGAUAACAAGCCACCCUGUACAAAAAACAGAAACACCACAAGAGCCUAAAGACAGCCUCAAGCCUAGUGGAAAAUCUUCUGAAAGCCAAACCAGUGGAUCGUCGGAGGUAAAGGUGGACCAACCUGAAGGUGUCAAAGAAUCAAAGCAGGAGCAAGUAACAAGUAGCACAGUCCAGAAAACAGAAACAUCUCAAGAAACUAUCAAGCCUAGUGGGAAACCUUCUGAAUACCAACCCAUUGGUAUCUCUGAGGCAAAGGUGGAGAAAACUGCAGAUUUCAAAGCAUUACCACAGGAGAUAUCAAGCAGCCCAGUCCGGAAAACAGAAACAGAAACAUGUCAUGCGUCUGAAGUCCCUGUCAAGUCUGUUGAAGAGCAGUUUGAAAUUCAACCCAGUGAGACAUCUGAUGUAGAGGAAGAGAAAACGGUAUAUCUCAAAGAAUCAGAGCAUGAGAAAACCAUCAGCCCAGUGCAGAAAACUGAACCUUCUCAAGAACCUCCCAAGUUCAGAGGAGAACCCUCUCAAAGCCAACCCAUUGGAUUUUCUGAUGUGAAGGUGGAGAAAACUGCUGAUCUCAAACAAUUAGAACAGGAGAUAAGAAGCCCAGUUGAGAAAACUGAAACAUUGCAAGAGCCUGAGGUCCCCUUAAAGUCUACUGGAGAACCUUCUGAAAGCCAAACCAGUGGGGCAUCUGAGGCAGAGAAGACUGUAGAUCAAAAGGAAUUAGAGCAGGAGAAAACCAACAACCUGCUCAAGAAAACAGAAACUUCUCAAAAACCUCUCAAGAUUAGUGCAGAACCUUCUGAAAGUCAACCCAUAGUAUCACCUGUGGCAAAGGUGGAGAAGACUGAAGAUGUCGAAGCAUUAAAACAGGAGAUACCAAGCAGCACAGUCCAUGAAACGGAAACAGAAAUAUCUGAAGUACCUGACGUCCCCCUGCAGUCUGGUGGAGAUCUUUCUGAAAGCCUAAUCCAUGAUAUUUCUGAGGUGGAGAAAACUGCUGAUCACAAAGAAUUACAACAGGAGAUAACAAGCCACCCUGUACAAAAAACAGAAACACCACAAGAGCCUAAAGACAGCCUCAAGCCUAGUGGAAAAUCUUCUGAAAGCCAAACCAGUGGAUCGUCGGAGGUAAAGGUGGACCAACCUGAAGGUGUCAAAGAAUCAAAGCAGGAGCAAGUAACAAGUAGCACAGUCCAGAAAACAGAAACAUCUCAAGAAACUAUCAAGCCUAGUGGGAAACCUUCUGAAUACCAACCCAUUGGUAUCUCUGAGGCAAAGGUAGAGAAAACUGCAGAUUUCAAAGCAUUACCACAGGAGAUAUCAAGCAGCCCAGUCCGGAAAACAGAAACAGAAACAUGUCAUGCGUCUGAAGUCCCUGUCAAGUCUGUUGAAGAGCAGUUUGAAAUUCAACCCAGUGAGACAUCUGAUGUAGAGGAAGAGAAAACGGUAUAUCUCAAAGAAUCAGAGCAUGAGAAAACCAUCAGCCCAGUGCAGAAAACUGAACCUUCUCAAGAACCUCCCAAGUUCAGAGGAGAACCCUCUCAAAGCCAACCCAUUGGAUUUUCUGAUGUGAAGGUGGAGAAAACUGCUGAUCUCAAACAAUUAGAACAGGAGAUAAGAAGCCCAGUUGAGAAAACUGAAACAUUGCAAGAGCCUGAGGUCCCCUUAAAGUCUACUGGAGAACCUUCUGAAAGCCAAACCAGUGGGGCAUCUGAGGCAGAGAAGACUGUAGAUCAAAAGGAAUUAGAGCAGGAGAAAACCAACAACCUGCUCAAGAAAACAGAAACUUCUCAAAAACCUCUCAAGAUUAGUGCAGAACCAUCUGAAAGUCAACCCAUAGUAUCACCUGUGGCAAAGGUGGAGAAGACUGAAGAUGCCAAAGCAUUAAAACAGGAGAUACCAAGCAGCACAGUCCAUGAAACGGAAACAGAAAUAUCUGAAGUACCUGACGUCCCCCGGCAGUCUGGUGGAGAUCCUUCUGAAAGCCAAAUCCAUGAUAUUUCUGAGGUCGAGAAAACUGCUGAUCACAAAGAAUUACAACAGGAGAUAACAAGCCACCCUGUACAAAAAACAGAAACACCACAAGAGCCUAAAGACAGCCUCAAGCCUAGUGGAAAAUCUUCUGAAAGCCAAACCAGUGGAUCGUCUGAGGUAAAGGUGGACCAACCUGAAGGUGUCAAAGAAUCACAGCAGGAGCAAGUAACAAGUAGCACAGUCCAGAAAACAGAAACAUCUCAAGAAACUCUCAAGCCUAGUGGGGAACCUUCUGAAUACCAACCAAUUGGUAUCUUUCAGGCAAAGGUGGAGAAACCUGCAGAUUUCAAAGCAUUACCACAGGAGAUAUCAAGCAGCCCAGUCCGGAAAACAGAAACAGGAACUUCUCAUGCCCCUGAAGUCCCAGUCAAGUGUGUUGAAGAGCUAUCAGAAAUUCAACCCAGUGAGACAUCAGAUAUAGUGGUUGAGAAAACAGUAUACCUCAAAGAAUCAGAGCAGGAGAUAACAAGCAGCCCAGUUCAGAAAACUGAAACUUCUCAAGAACCUCCCAAGUCUGGUGGAGGAGCCUCUAAAAGCCAACCCAUUGGUUUUUCUGAUGUGAAGGAGGGGAAAACUGCUGAUCUCAAAGAAUUAGAGCAGGAGAUAAGAAGCCCGGUUCAGAAAACUGAAACUUUUCAAGAGCCUGAAGUCCCAUUAAAAUCUCGUGGAGAACCUUCUGAAAGCCAAACCACUGGGGCGUCUGAGGCAGAGAAGCCUGUAGAUGUCAAAGAAUCAGAGCAAGAGAAAAGAAGCACCACGCUCAAAAAAACUGAAACUGAAAACUCUGAGGCAAAGGUGGAGAAGACAGAAGAUGUCAAAGCAUUGCAACAGGAGAUACCAAGCAGCACAAUCUGCAAGGCAGAAACCUCUCAAAAGCCUGUUGUACCAAUCUUUUCUAGUGGAUCAGCUACUGAAAGCCAAACCAGUGGUUGGUCUGAGGUGAAGGUGGAGAAAACAGAAGAUGUCAAAGAAUCACAGCAGGGUCUAACAAGUAGCUCAAUCCCAAAAAACGAAGCUUACCAAGGGCUGCCAAAAUCUAGUGAAGAAACAAGCAACACAAUCCAGAAAACAGAAACAUCUCCAAGCUCACUAGACCUCAAGUCUAGUGAAGAGCCUUCUAAAUGCCGGACCACUGAAUCGUCUCAGGUCGAGAAGAUCAAACCCUCAGGCCAUGAUCAAGAUAUUUCAACCUCCAGUUUGGAUGGUGGUGAUUAUGGGAAGGCUGAAGAUGAGAAAACUAAACCAAUAGAUGUCGUUGAGGCAAAAGACCAGAUGUGACCAAAGACAAGAUGAAAAUUAAACAUCAUGACCAUGUCAUCGGUGAACAAGACAUGGUCAAAUGCUUACAAUGUUUUGCAAUAGCCCUUUGGAAACCUGAUGAUAUGCAUCAACACUGUGAAAAUAUUAAUGUUUAAACAGCAUGAUGUUAAUCUAUUAAUCAAAUGCUGGAUGUAGGCUGCUUUACAUCAGAACUGAAGCAAAUUAUACAUUGCCUGAA